AUGAUUAAAUUACAUGAGGCCAAGAUGCUUCACAUUCUAUACCAAUCUCUGACCAAAAGCAUCCCAGAGGCCCUGAAGGUAUUUGGCUCCAUUUUUCACAUCCAUCAUGGAAACCCCUUCAACCUGGAGGUGCUAGUAGACUCCUGGCCAGACUAUCAGACUGUUAUCACCAGACCUCAGAAACAGGAGAUGAUUGAUGACAAGGAUUACUACACAAACACUUACCACAUCUUCUCCAAGGACCUUCAGAAAUUGCCAGAGAUCCUAGGAUCCGAUCACGUCAUCAACUGGAGACAAAGUCUCACAAUCCAAGGUUGCCAAAAUGGUUUGAAUGAAAAGAUCAGAGAAGUUGUGGCUUUAAAGUCAGUGCAUGUGGAUUACUCUAAGAGGUUUCUCUACAUGAAAGAUGAUGUUCCAAAAUAUCAUACCUUCAACCCAAGCAAACUGAGUACAUCUCGCAAAGUCAAGAAUUUAGAAAAUGUGAUGUUCAGAGGUACAAAUGACAACCUCAGACCUUCCCUGUUGGAUGUUUCCCAUGCUAAACUUGUGAACGACAACUGGAAAUUUGGGCGGAAUGAGAGGAGCUUGAGAUAUAUCAAACGCUGCCUCCAAAGCUUCCCCGGAUGUUGUCUGCUGGGUCCAGAAGGGAGUCCUGUCUCUUGGUUUAUAAUGGAACAAACUGGUGAACUGAGAAUGAGUUAUACCCUGCCUGAAUAUCGAGAGAAAAACAUUGCAAAGUGGAUUUUGGCUACUUUUGUGCAAUAUUUUCAGGAGAAUGACAUGCCAUUUUAUUGCCACGUGGAGGAGAUGAAUGAGCAAGGCCAUAAAUUAGUGAAGUCAGCUGGUUUCCGUGUUGUUGAUUGUAGCUGGCAUGAAUGGAAAUGUGUGCCAGCUGAACAGCUUUAA